AUUUUAGUCGAACCUGCCGGAUGAUGAAAAGUCUAAUAGAGAAGCAGAUUUUGGAGAUAUAUUUUUGAAUCGAUUAUUCCAUACAAAGUUACUGCUGUCCGAUUACAUCGAUUCUACAUUUGAGGGGUUGCUAGAUCCACAGACAACAUCCAUAUCCAUUCGAUACUUCCUCUGGAUGCUAGAUAAACUCGGUAAGGGUGCUGGAGUUGAGGAAGAUGUUCUCCAGUCAUGGAAAAACGAAUGUUAUGCUACACGAGUUUGGGCUCCAUUGAUUGGUAAACCUGACAUACUUUUUGAUGUUAUGGAUACUGAUCAUGUUGAACCAUGCAUGGAUAUUUUGAGACAGGUGUUUGUGGAAAGUUGCACCCAAACAACCCACAAAAUUAGCAAGGAGUCAUCAACACAGAAGCUUUUAUUCCAUAAAGAUAUACCAAGGUACCGAAAGCUUAUUGGCGCUUUCUUCAUCCGACUAGAACCAGUUAGUGACCAGGAUUUCUGGGGUGAAAUGGACGAAUGUUCAAAUAAACUGAAAGCGGAACUUACAUUUAGUCGUCAAGCAACUCUUCAUCAGCUGUAUAAUUUGUUCAUUGGAAAGCACAAGAAUGAAAUUAUGGAAGAUUUUGAAGAUAUGGAAGAAAAUAAGGACCUUCAAUUCGCCAGUAAACUCCAAGAAAUUAUCGAAUUGAUGGAUGAUUCAUCAACUUAAUACACGAAUAUGUUGUAAAGACACAGGAACAAUGAAUGAAAGACAACUUUUUUAUAUUGAUUGUUAUGUUAUUACCAUUCAAAAUUAUAUGACAUUUGAUUAUUCUCAUUCAAAAUUAUAUGAUAUUUGAAAAUCCAUGAUCUCCUUAUUGCAAAUUCUUCUCAGAAAAGACAAACUUCAUUGUGUAAGUUCCUUUCAACUGUUACUAGAUUAUAAAAUAAAGAUAUAACUAUUCAAUAACCAAUUAUAAGUCUGUUUACCGCAUAUCAAAGUUUACACACAGAAAUUUAAAAUUAACUUCCUGCGUGAAUAUCUUUUUCAGUGAAAUAUCUGCUCUCUAUUAUUUCUCAGUCACACAGCUAGGGUUAUGUCUUUUCAAAGCGAAAAACAUUUUUUUCACUGUUUGUUUUUAUAAAUUUCUGUAAUAGGUUUAGAUAUAUAUUUACUUUAUGUUAAGCCGAAAUAAUUCCAACAUCGUAUGAUAUGGUAAUGGUAUUCACUUUAAAAAUUGCAUCUACCAAAAUUUCAUUAUUUUACAUGCAGACAUUUUCAUUUCGGCUGAUUAACAUUUGAUUUACAUGUUACAUGCGUAUUUUGAAAUUUCACACAUUAAAAAGUGUAUUAUAAAAAAGCAACUUUGUGAUGGAUCAAGCUGUUUUCUUAUCUGAUUUUUCAGGAGAAUAAAAUAUUUAUUCCUCAGAAGAUUUUUAACUGGGAAUUUUUUUUACACUCAUUUGAUUUUUUUAAUAUGCAAUUUUCAUACAUUUAUAUCAAUUGAAAUUUUCAUUAAAGUCACAGUUUUAAUAGACAUAAGAAGAUGUGGUAUGAGUGCCAAUGAGACAUCUCUCUAUCAAAGUCACAAUUUAUGAAAGUAAACCAUUAUAGGUCAAAGUACGGUCGUCAACGCGGAGCCUUGGCUCACACCGCACAGCAAGCUAUAAAGGGCCCCAACAAUUACUAGUGUAAAACCAUUCAUACGGGAAAACCAACGGUCUAAUCUAUAUAAAAAAUGAGAAACGAGAAACACUUAUGAACCAUAUCAACAAACGACAACUACUGAACAUCUGAUUCCUGACUUAGGACAGGUGCAAACAAUUGCAGCGGGUUUAAACGUUUUAAUAAGUUUAUUUUCUUUUCUUCGAUAUAUUAUUAUGCUUAUAAAUAUUCGAUAAGCAAUUAUAUGACAGAAUAUAAAUAGAUUUGGAUUAAAAUGGUGUAGAGAGAGUCCUCUUGUGAAAAAAGAUUUGAUUUCAAAACAAAAAAGACUGCCUUAUUCCAAAUUAUUGGAAUACAAGUUUGAAGGUAACAUGAAUUUUUUUUAUUUGAGAGGAUACAACUCUACAGGAGCGUGUAAACCUUACGUCGAUUUGAAAAAAAUAUCUGCUAGAUAUUUUACUUCUACAUUUGCAAAAUCGUUUUGAAUUAUCUGAUAUUUUGAUUCCCUUAAUCAGGGCUUUAUAUUUGAAUGCAGUAUUACUACUUGUUACAAUUUUCUAUAAUCAAAAUUUACUUACAUACAUUGUGUAGUACACAAACUUCGAUAUGGAUUUUUAAUAUUUUAUUUUUAUUAUAUGCAAUCAAACAUCUUUAUGGCAGUAAUUGUAUUUGCAAUGGGAUGUUCUGUAUCUGUACAUAUGAUUUGUUUUUAUCAAAAAUGAAAAUGUUAUGGUGAUUUUGUGAAUAUUUUGAUUAUAAAAGUUUUUAUGCUAUGAAUAGUUCAAGAAACAAUCCUUUUUUCUGUAUAAUGCUGACCGGACUGAAGAGACAUGUGUAUUUUUUUUAAUGAAUUCACAUGAACCUGUAAUAUUUUCAUAUAAACUGUCAAUAAAAUAAAACAUAAAUGAAU